AUUGACGGUGCUGGAUUGAAGAGAAAAACUGAAUUGACUGAAUAAAUACGUAUAAAGUGGAGGAAUAUUUGAUUUAUUGACGGAAAGGGUUGUGGUUAGUCUUGGCCACCUGUUGUUGUACACACUGCUAAAUCUGUGGUAGCCGUUUGUUCUGUACCUAUAAACUCAGGGACGUAAAUGUAUUUUCCUCCUAUGCCAAGUUGCCAACUCAUCGUCUUCUCAGAUACCACUCUGUUCUGUUGAGUAUAAGAAAAGAACUCUCAUGAAGACCCAACACACUUAUUUCUUUAUCAUAUCAUAAUUCUUUCGGAUAUAAUAAUAAUUAAAAAAUAAAUACUAAAUGUGGGGAGAAGAUGAUGCAGACGUAGGUGCCCCACCCAAGCACCAGAACGUGGCUCUGAUCGUCGGCGUCACCGGCAUUGUUGGAGCAAGCCUCGCCGAAACCCUCCCUCUCGCCGCCACACCCGGUGGCCCUUGGAAGGUAUACGGCGUCGCUCGCCGUCCAUUCCGGGCCUGGAACACCACCGACCACCGCCCCCCAAUCGAGUUCGUUCAGUGCGACAUUACUGACCCAGAAGCUGCCCAAUCCAAGCUGACCGUUCUGACCGACGUCACGCACGUCUUCUAUGUGACAUGGGCCAGCCGGCCCACGGAGCUGGAAAACUGCGAGGCAAACGGGAAGAUGUUCAGCAACGUUCUGAAUGCCGUCAUCCCCAGCUGCCCGGGCCUGACCCACAUCUGCUUACAAACGGGCCUGAAACAUUACUUCGGCCCGUUCGAGUCGUUCGGGAAAGGAGCCCACGAAAUGCCCUUCCACGAGGAUCUCCCGCGGCUGGGCGUACCGAACUUCUACUACACCCUCGAGGACAUCCUGUGGGAAGAGGUGGGGAAGAAACCGGGUCUGACGUGGUCCGUGCACCGACCCGGAUUGAUAUUCGGGUUCUCCCCGAGCAGCAUGAUGAACACGGUGGGCUCGCUCUGUGCGUACGCGGCCAUAUGUAAGCGCGAGGGGCUGAGAUUCAGAUUCCCCGGGGUGAAAGCGUGCUGGGAAGGGUACACAAACGGGUCGGAUGCGGAUCUGAUCGCGGAGCAGGAGAUCUGGGCCGCGGUGGAGCCCGCUGCCAAGAACGAAGCUUUCAAUGUGAGCAAUGGAGAUGUGUUCAGGUGGAAGCAGCUGUGGGGGGUGAUCGCGGAGCAGUUCGGGUUGGAGGUCCCGGAAUUUGAGGAUGCCGGGCCGGGGAUGAAGUUGGAGGAGAUGAUGGAGGGGAAAGGGCGUGUUUGGGACGAGAUUGUUAGGGAAAACGGGUUGUUGGAGACGAAGCUGGAGGAGAUUGGUCAGUGGUGGCUUGUGGAUGUAUGCUUCAGCGUCUGUGGUCCGUUGGAUAAUAUGAACAAGAGCAAGGAGCAUGGGUUUCUGGGAUUUAGAAACACCAAAAAGUCUCUGGUUUCUUGGAUCAGUAGGGCCAAGGCUUGCAAGAUUGUUCCUUAGCGAUUCCUCCUAACACCAUUCAUGAAAGUGAUGAAACGAAUAAACUAGAGAUGGAUCAUAUAAAACUUCAUGUUUUUACGGUGAUUUGAAAAGGGUGUUCUACGUGCACCCCCAAAAUUGCUUAAUCUAAUCUUGGGUGGACAAAUUUGGCCUUCUUAAUUAUCAAUUAAAAUUAAGUAUAAUUAAAACAUAAAUAAAAUUUCUUUGCGCACC